AUGAGCAACAUCCGGUCCAUCGUCUCCUUUUCCGCGCUUCUGGCUCUAAGCCAAGCCGGAUCGAGUGCCGCAGCUACCGUCACAAAGCAAUGCGUCCAGCUCGAGGUGCCGGUCCCCGUUGUCGCCACCAAUCGCCGCUACAGCAUGCCCCGGGUCGAGAGCACUAUUGAUGCCAUAGACUGGACGGUAACUGUCACAACGUGGUCGACCCCCAGCGCCAUGGACCGUGUCACCGGGCUCUACCCCGUCAACUCCACGUUCAGGAUCAACGCGCAGCUGUGCGUCCCGCCGCGGAACGGGGCAAAAUCGGACAUUUUGCAGAUUGCCACGCCCGGACUGGGCUUUGACAAGAGAUAUUGGGACGUGGAGCUUAAGCCGGAGGAGUACUCGUACGUUGAUGCGGCAGUCAGCAAGGGGUACUCCAUCCUCACCUACGACCGACUGGGCACGGGAAAAUCACAGAAGCCCGACGCAUACGACGUCGUGCAAAUCCCGACCGAGGUCGAGAUCCUGGCGGGCCUCACGAACCUCGCUCGCAGCGGCAAGCUGAUCAGCUCGUCCAAGGUGCUCGGCAGCACGCACCCCGUCCCAAAGCUCCAGCCUUCCAAAGUCGUCCAGGUCGGCCACGCGUACGGCGCGUACCUGAUUACGGUCGCGCUAGGGAAGUACGGCCGUCUGGCCGACGGCGCCGUCCUGACCGGCUUCCUCCUGACUAACCUGACGCGGAUGCUCGACGUGCUGAAUUACGACCACGCGUUCGCGCGGCAGCACGAUCCCGUCCGCUUCGGCGAGUACACCUCGGGAUACUUCGUGCUCGAGACCGAGAGCUGCCUCCAGAAGCUCUUCCUCCGCAAGGGCGCCUUCGAGCCGGCGCUGCUGGCCUACACCGAGCGCAUCAAGCAGCCCGAGGCCGUGGGCGAGUACGCCUCGGAGGGCACCAGUCCGCUGACGCCUGCGGCGGAGUUUGAGGGGCCGGUUUUGCUCUUCAAUGGCGAAAAUGUCUACGAUGAAGACGCCACGAGGAAUGUGUUUCAGCACGCUGUCAAUGUCACCUCCUACCUGCAGCCCAACACCGGCCACGCGCUGACGGUGGCCACCAACGCUUCGGCCGGCUACGAGGUCAUUCUGCAGUACUUGGACUCCCACGGACUGUAG